AUGCUUUUGAGAGACUCUUCAACUCUUCCCAGAACGCUCGUGGCUAGGCCAGACACCAAAGCCCUGCCCCGAAUAUUGUGCCUGCAUGGCGGCGGCGUCAACGCAGCCAUCUUCGAAGCACAAUCACGAUCACUUAUACGCCACUUAGAGACGUCUUUCCAUCUUGUAUGGGCUAACGCGCCGUUCUUCUGCGACCCGCACCCUGACGUUGUUGAAGUCUAUGGCCCUUAUGGGCCUUUUCGGCGUUGGCUCAGAGCGUUCCCGGAGCAUGCUGAGAUUGAUGAUGAGGCGUGUAUAGAAGAGAUAGGCUAUGCCAUGAGGACAGCCAUGGAAAACGAUAGCCGAAAAGGGGCUACUGGGGAGUGGGUUGGACUUAUGGGCUUUAGUCAGGGUUCAAAGGUGUGCGCGAGCAUCCUGCUUGAGCAGCAAGCCAGAGAAGCUCGAGCAGAAAAGGAGGGAGAGCUGAUUGUUCCUGUUGGACUGACCAACAUUCCAAACCUGCACUGGAGAUUUGGGAUUUUGAUGGCUGGAAGCGCACCCCUCAUCAACCUAAAACCAGAGAUUCUGACUAGCCCGGCAUUGAUCGGUGCUGGUGAUAUCCCGUCAGAGAGGUUCUGGGCCGGGAGGAAGAUGGAUAAAGAGGCGGUGGUUAGAAUACCCACUCUACACGUACAUGGAUCGGCCGACGCAGGAAUCCAUCUGCACCAAAAACUACUUUACGACUACUGCUCCAAAGAGUCUACAAGGCUAGUGGAGUGGGAAGGUACUCAUCGGGUUCCUUUGAGAAGCCGCGACGUGGUUCCAGUUGUCCAUGCCAUCUACGACACCGCGGAAAAGACCGGAGUAAGAGUAAACAGACCUGUUUAG